UUCCAUCGUGAGUCGCACUCACCUUUCUCCACGUAUAAAACCCCACUUCGCUCCCCAACAACGCCACGUAACAAACUCCAGAAUCAAAUUGCAGCUAUCAAACCACCGUUAAACCAUCAUCAAUCUUCAACAGUCAGAUAUGGCUACCUCCACCAUUCUCAAGAGAAGCACCACUGCAGCAGCAGCAAACCUCUUCAACAAGCUUCUUCUUCCUAUUCGCUCCCUUUCUGCUACACCUUCCGUUCAUCGGAGCUUCAAUACGAACGCAUCUCAGGUCUCUGCUUAUGAAGAUUUCAAUCGCAGCGUCGAUGACAAUCGCCGUCCUGAUUCUUCCGUUUCUCGCCGCCGUGACAAUGAUUUCUUCUCAGACAUAUUUGAUCCGAUUUCUCCAACGAGAAGCUUGAGCCAGAUCUUCAACAUGAUGGAUCGAUUCAUGGAGAAUCCGUUCAUGACAUCAUCUCCAGGUGGAGGAUUAGGAUUAGCAGGAAGGCGAGGAUGGGACGCAAAGGAAACAGACGAGAGUCUGAGUCUGCGAUUCGACAUGCCAGGUUUGGACAAAGAGAAUGUGAAGAUCUCUGUGGAGCAGAACACGCUGAUCAUCAAAGCGGAGGAAGAGAAAGAAACCGAGAACGAUGAAGAACCGCCUCGUAGAUACUCCAGCAGAAUUGAUCUGCCUGUUGAUGCGUAUAAACUCGAUGAGAUCAAAGCAGAGAUGAAGAACGGUGUGCUGAAAAUUAUGGUUCCUAAGGUGAAGGCAGAGGAAAGGAAGAAUGUGUGGCAGGUUGAAGUGAACUGAAGUGAAUAUGAGAUCGUUUAGUUAGGAGUUCGAGUUUUCUUUGAGUAUGUUGUUUGUGGUUGACAUCUAGCAAUACAAAAAUAAAAGGUUGUGUCAACUUUUGGAUGUACAAGUUUAGUUUAAAACUUGCAGAGUUUAUACUUUUAAAAAGUGAUGGUGUAAUGCCACUUUUGCCUUGAUUUAUACAUGAAAGUAUUAUCACUUA